AUGGUAGUUAUUUAUAAUUGUAGUUUUGGAGAUCAUGAUGAUUAUCAUGACCAUAAUAAUUAUGAUGGUUACGAUGAUGAUUAUGAUGAUGAUCAUCAUAGUAAUAAUCACGAUAAUCAUAAUGAUCAUGAUAGUCAUAAUGAUAAUGAUGAUGUUGAUCGCGAUAAUGGUCAUGUUGAUCAUGAUAAUGACGACCAUGACAAUCAUGAUGACAAUGUUGAUGAUCAUGAUAACUAUGAUCAUUAUCAUCAGCAUGGCAAUGAUCAUCAUAGUCUACAUGAUCAUAAUGAUCAACAUCAAGAUCAUGAUGAUGAAUAUGAUAAUGAUCAUGAUGAUCACGAUGAUCAUGUUGAUCAUGAUGAUGACCAUGAUGAUAAUAAUGACGAUCAUGAUAGUCAUAAUGACAAUGAUGAUGAUCAUGAUAACCAUGAUCAUCAUGUUUUGACCCCAACUCGUAGAUAA